GCUUUGAACCCGGAAACGGACCAAAACUCGAAGAUAAAGAAGAAGCAUGUCUUUGUGUUGAACUUUUUUGGCGACGUGCGCGCAUCUCAAGCGGAACAGCUCCGUGAAGAAGUCACUGGUUUGUUACGUUCGGCGAAAAAGGAACGAGGUGAUGAAGUUGUUUUGCGGUUGAAUACGGGUGGCGGUACGGUCACUGGCUACGGGCUUGCCGCUGCGCAGCUGAUGCGAAUCAAAGACGCCGGUCUCAAGCUGACCAUCUGUGUCGAGCAAGUCGCCGCCUCUGGUGGGUACAUGAUGGCUUGCGUGGCCGACGAAAUCGUUGCGUCUCCGUUCGCGGUUCUCGGUUCUAUCGGUGUCAUUAGCGAGCAACCUAAUGUCUACGAGCGGCUUCAACGGGAAGGUAUCGAAUUUCAAACUGUCACCGCUGGCAAGUUCAAGCGAACCUUGACGCCCACGAAGAAGGUCACCGAGGAAGACUUGGAAAAGUCAAAGAAGGACAUCGAAGACGUUUUGGUGCUCUUCAAGGGUUUUGUCGCCGAAAAUAGACCGACUUUGGACAUUGACAACGUCGCGACGGGCGAGACGUGGUUUGGCAAAGAUGCGCUGUCGAGAAAUUUGGUGGACAAACUCAAAACGUCUGACGAUGUCCUUCUCGACCUCCUCAGCGCUGGCGCCGAAAUUUUUAGCGUCCAGCUUAAGCAA